AUGGACUUCGGGGGGCUGGAGACGGUGGUGGCCAAUUCGGCCUUCGUGGCAGCGCGGAGCAGUAUGGAUGCGGGCUCAGCUCUGGCCGCCCGGGACAAGAAGAUGCGGGCAAAGCUGAGGUUACCGCCCCCGUCCCGGUGCCUGGCUCUCCGGCAGGAGCUCGAUCUUUCCUUCCACAACAUCUGCUGCCGGCAGCCCAUCGGCAAGAGGCUCUUCUGCGACUUCCUGCGGGCCUCCGAGCAAUUCCGCAUGGCAGUUGGCCUCUGGCAGGACGUGGAGGAGUAUGGCACCGUGGAGGAGAGUGGCCGGGUGCCCAAGGCCCAGAGUAUGGUCAACCGGUACUAUGAGCCCAGCUCGCGGGACUUCUGUUCCUUUCUGGACGAGAAGACCAUACUCCGGGUGAAGGAGGACCAGCCCAACGGCCACGCCGAGCUUUUCCGAGAGUCUGAGGGGCAGCUGCUGGCCUACCUGGAGGCCCAGGCAGCCGAGAGCUACAAGGAGAGCACCUUCUUCCUGCGCUUCCUGCAGUUCAAGUGGCUGGAGGCCCAGCCCAUUGGCGAGGAGUGGUUCACGGACUUCCGGGUGCUGGGAAAGGGGGGCUUCGGUGAGGUGUGUGCCUGUCAGAUGAGGGCCACAGGCAAGAUGUACGCCAACAAGAAGCUCAACAAGAAGAGACUGAAGAAACGGAAAGGAUACGAGGCUACCAUCUUGGAAAAGCAGAUCCUGGCCAAGGUUCACAAUCGGUUCAUUGUCUCGCUCGCCUACGCCUUUCAGACCAAGUACGAGCUGUGUCUGGUGAUGACUCUAAUGAAUGGCGGAGAUCUUAGGUUCCACAUCUACAAUAUGGAUGAGAAGAAUCCUGGCUUUGGGGAGUCCCGCGCACAGUUCUACACUGCACAGAUUAUCUGUGGCCUGGAACAUCUCCACCAGCACCGAAUCAUCUAUCGGGACCUCAAACCUGAGAAUGUGCUCCUCGACGAUGGAGGACAUGUGCGGAUAUCGGACCUGGGGCUUGCCACAGUGCUAAAGGAGGACCGAGAAUACACCAAGGGAUAUGCUGGUACACCUGGAUUCAUGGCCCCAGAGAUGCUGAGAGGAGAACCGUACAAUUUCUCUGUGGACUACUUCACGCUUGGGGUCACGCUGUACGAGAUGGUAGUGGCAAAGGGGCCGUUCAGGAUCCGUGGGGAGAAGGUGGAGAACCAGGAGGUGACACGGAGAAUCUUGAAUGAUGCAGUGCAAUACCCCCCCUCAAUUAGUAGAGAGUGCAAGUCGCUGUGCGAGGCACUGAUGGCCAAAGAUGUGUCCCAGCGGCUCGGCUUCAAGGACGGGAACUGCUCUGAGGUGAAGAACCAGCCCUUCUUCAGCACCAUCAACUGGGGUAGACUGGAAGCAGGUUUGGUGACGCCUCCAUUCAUCCCCGACCCCAAAACAGUGUACGCAAAGGACAUCGGUGAUGUGGGGAUGUUCUCCUCGGUGAAAGGGGUGGUCAUCACCGACAGUGACAAAGACUUUUACAAUGAGUUUGCUUCAGGAAACAUAGCGAUCCCCUGGCAGGAGGAGAUGAUUGAGACUGGCAUCUUUGACGAGAUGAAUAUCUGGGAGGAAGACGGCAAAGUUGCAAAUGAGGAGGAGGAUUCAGCCAGCAGAAAGUCAGGCACAUGCGUACUCCUCUGAGGGUACAGCACAGUACGAUAGUGGCAAUGUGGAGAGAGACAGGGUCUGCACACAGAUCAGGGACCCAUAGCACAGUCUGGUGUGCUAUUAGCGCCUGUUGUCCAGCACCACCCCUGUCCUGUGCAAUCCUCCAUUAGCACCACCCACUGUGUGACCCUCCU